AGGCCUGGCAUGCUUUCCGAAGGGUGUUGUCAUGUGAAUGUUCUGUAUGUAAAGGGAAAGCGAUGCAGCUGCAAGGAUGAAGAGUGAAAACCAUGCUAUAGGAUCUUUAUAUAAAUGCAUGCAACAUUCAGGGAAGGUAGUAACUGUUAUAUGUUAAUUCAUCUUCUGCACUCGUUUUAUCACUCAGUGCUAUAGCAAUUUUGUCUGCCUAGAACUUUCUCUUCUUUUCUAAUCCUCCAAUCAAAUGGGCCUUUGGGCUAUUUCAUUCCACAUCAGAUUCUCUUAUCAAGAUGUGAUGCUGAUUGAAGGACGGUGAAGACCAAUCCUUGGACCAAUCACUGGAUGGAUCUAUUUCGCUUCUUUUUGCAAAGCUUGAUAACGUGCCACGUGGUCCAGUGAUUUGAGAGAGUCUUGGUUUGUAACUGUUUGAAGGAGAUUGAAAUCGUUUUCUUUCUCUAGCUUUCUUUGGGCUGUGCACAAAGUAGGCAUAUCUUAGACCUAUUUGAAUUCUCUAUCGUUCUCGAUGAUUUUAUCACCACAUUAUGCUUGAACUUUGAGAUACACAAACACUAGUUUUGUUAUACCAUUCCCCUUAUGUCCGUGUAUUAGUUCCUGCAACGUGUCGCUCUAGAAAAUUUCCUCUAUCAGGACAGUUCAUAUAUCCAGACUUGACACAUGUUCAUUUCCUGUAAGAAUGAGCCACCACAUGAAACAUCUUAUGUGAUCAAGUAAUACUCUUUAUGUUCAUUGUCUUGAUUCUUGGACUCCAGUAUGCUCAGACCGAGGCAUGUAUAGAUGAACCCAUGUAAAUGUUCCUCACCGGGAAAAGAGAAUGCUGUUUUGUUUCGCCCUCGAUGAAUGACCAUUGAAUUCCUUCUUUCCAAUUUAGUCUGAUAAUGUCAAGCCUUGAGAAAGUUGUUAGAAUUUAGAACUUGUCAGAAGCUAUCACAUGCAGAUGCUGACCUGUAUCUGAUUAUGUUAUAAGUAUUGUUUUUUUAACCUUUUUACCUUCUUCUGGAGUUUGUUCUUCAGGUUUGCAGAUGUCAAAUUUGUAUGCUCGAUGAUGUGCGAUGUAGAAAAAAUGGACUGAGGGUAGUAACCCAUCUGCAUAGACCAAAGAAGAAAGGCUUGGGUUUCUACACGCCAAUAUAAAGGAGGAGCAUCACAGUCUGUUGAUGUUCAAGUCAUUCUCCAAAAUGUGAAUAGAUGCUGCACACGCUGCAACAAAACCAUUUGCAUAUGUAAGAUGAUAAGGCUUUGCCAUCAGAACUUCAAAAUAUCUUCACUUCCACUUAUGUUGGUGGAGGAACAGUGAAGCCUCCAGAGCUAUAUAAACAACCUGAUGUUCAACUUUCUACAACCAGAGAGAUCGACCAGUUGGAUAUGCAUUUUGUGCUUGCCUCCCACAGCCCCUGCUUAGCCUCUUUUCCCAUCGUUCAACACUUAUAAAUGGAGUAUGCUAAUUUACGACGCCAAGCAGCAUCCUUGAAAAGGAGCCUCUUUGAUCAGGGGUAUUUGGAUGAGCAAUUUUGCCAGGUUGAGGACUUGCAGGAUGAAGCAAGCCCCAAUUUUGCAGAAGAAGUGGUCUCCUUGUUCUUCAAGGACUCAGCGAGGCUAGUGACAAACAUUGAGCAAGCUAUGGAGAAGUAUCCAAAAGAUUUCAAUAGAUGGGAUGCACACAUGCAGCAGCUUAGAGGCAGCUGUUUUAGCAUCGGCGCUUCUAAGAUGAACAAUGAGUGCACAUCUUUCAGGAACAGCUGUGGAGAAGAAAAUGCUGAAGGCUGCAGGAGAACUUUCCAGAAAGUGAAGAGGGAGCAUGCUAUUCUGAGGCAGAAGCUGGAGUCCUACUUCCAGCUGCUGCGACAAGCUGGUCCUGCCAGGGCCGCGACCAGGCCUGGAAGCAUGUAAGGCGCUGGCGCUUUACAGGGAGGUGAACCAGUAUAUCUCUAUACGGGAUUGUUGCAGAGGAAGAAGACCCAGGAACAGGAGACAUGCCUGGCGUUAGUUCAUUAAUGCCUGAAAGAUACCGUAUAAUGAUCAUAAAAAAAGGUAUCAUAGUAAUAUAAUCAUAAGGGCACCAUGUUGGUGUCCUGUUGGAUAAUAGUCUGAUAUAGUCGUAUCAUGUCAUGUCCGCGCUUAUGUACGGUAAAUAAAACCAACCGAGCUUGCAAGUGUCUGUUACGGAGUAUUAAUUAAUUAAUUUAUUGACAAGGAGCCUGUGAAUGAAUGUUUGCACAACAGCCAACUGGAAAGCAAUAGUCAUAUUUCUUAUCCAUUGAUUCUUC